AUGGCUUUUGACUAUACGUUAAACUGGACGUACGCCGUGGGAGCAGUUACGUUACUGUUCUUAGUUGUAUGCAGACCAAGGGUUAAGCACCUACCACCUGGACCACGGAAGUUGCCUAUUAUUGGUAAUGCGCAUCAGCUAAUUGGUAAAAACUUGGUUCAGUAUCUCGAUGGGCUUGCCAAACAGUAUGGUCCCCUCGUACAUUUACAGAUCCUCAAUCAAUCUAUAAUUGUAGUAAACGAUUAUCAAACUGCCAAAGAUCUUUUUGAGACUAAGCAUAAGGUUUAUAGUGAGAGGCCAUCAUUCUGGAUGGCAUCUCAGUUGAUGCAAAAGGGUUACAUGAUGCCUUUUAUUUCAAAUAAUGAAAGGUUCAAGAAAGUGAGAAAACUUCUCGUCAGUGAACUGAGACCUGUCAAAGUUGCCUCAGCAUUCCACAAGAUACAGACCUUUGAAGUUCAGAGACUAGUAAAAACUUUGGUCGAUACACCGGCAUCAUUUAGAGAUAACAUACAAAGAUCUAUCACGUCAAUCAUUAUGAGUGGAUGUUAUGAUCUUCCCAUCAGAUCUGAGGAGUCUGCAAAGGACGCUCGCAAGGUUGCUCAAUUGGCUGAGGAGAUUGUAUAUGCAAUGGAGGCUGGUAAUAACAUCAUUGAUGCUCUACCCGUCCUGCGCCAUGUCCCCAGACUACCUGACAAGGUAUAUGCCGAGGAUUACUAUCAAAGAGCCGACGGCAUCUACAAGGGCUUAAUGGAUAGUGUAAAGGAUCGUUUACGACAAGGCCAGAAACUUGAAGGAAUUGCUAGUAGACUCCUUCAAAGCACUGAAGAUCAAGAUGUUGACUAUCAAGAGCAAUACUGGGCUCUUGGCGCAUUUUACCUUGCCGGUUCUGAUACUCAAUCAGUAUUUUCGAGUAUCAUGAUGAUGGCCUUGGCCCUUCAUCCAGAUAUUCUCAAAACCGCUCAAGAGGAAGUCGACAGAGUCAUUGGACCCGAUCGCUUGCCAACCCAUGAAGACGAGCUUAAUUUACCCUACCUUAAGGCAUUGAUCAAGGAAGUAUUCAGAUGGAGACCAGUUGGACCCAUUGGUAUACCUCAUGCUUCCGGUAGCGAUGAUCUCCAUAACGGCUAUCACAUUCCAAAAGGAUCAAUUGUUAUUGGAAACAUAUUGUCAAUGUCAAUGGAUGAACGACUUUUCAAAGAUCCACAUCUUCUUAAUCCGCAACGCUACAUAGACGACCCAGAGCUCCCAGUAUUUGUGUUUGGAUUUGGAAGACGCAUCUGUCCUGGCCAGCAUCUCGCAGAAGCCACACUUCUCUUAGAAUUCUCAACAAUAAUAUGGACAUUAAAUAUCGAGCAAGCAAGGGACGAGAAAGGAAAGCCUAUACCUAUCAAUAUCGACCAUGCAACGGGAUUCCUUCCAGGUGGAUUGAUGAAACCACAUCCGUUCGAGAUAAGAAUCACGCCAAGAUCAUUAGCGAGGGUGAAAUUACUAGAUGAAACCUUUGAAAACUUAAAUCACGCGGAGUAA